CGGCGGGACCUGGCAGGAGAAGAAACUCCAGCAACAACCCACGCAUGCUGGGUGAGACUUUCCAUCUGCACCCUUUCUCUAGGUCAUAAUGGCAACUGGACAGAAGCUGAUGAGGGCGAUUCGAGUGUUUGAAUUUGGUGGACCAGAAGUGCUGAAGCUCCAGUCCAACGUGGCGGUUCCCGUCCCAAAAGGCCAUCAGGUUCUAAUCAAAGUGCACGCCUGUGGUGUCAACCCAGUAGAGACGUAUAUUCGCUCUGGAACCUACAGUCGAAAACCCACCUUACCCUACACUCCAGGCACUGAUGUGGCUGGGGUCAUAGAAUCCAUUGGAGAUGGUGUGUCUUCUUUCAAGAGAGGUGACCGGGUCUUCUGCUCCAGCACAGUUUCUGGCGGUUAUGCAGAGUUUGCUCUUGCAUCGGAUCACACUGUCUACCCCCUGCCUGAGACACUGGACUUCAAGCAAGGGGCUGCACUUGGCAUCCCAUACUUCACAGCCUGCCGAGCUCUGUUCCACAGUGCCCGCGCACGAGCUGGGGAAAUCGUCCUGGUCCACGGGGCCAGUGGAGGCGUUGGAUUAGCUACAUGCCAGAUUGCCAGAGCUCACGGCUUAAAGGUUUUGGGCACAGCUGGUUCCGAGGAAGGAAAAAAGCUUGUUCUGCAAAACGGGGCUCAUGAAGUGUUUGAUCACAAAGAAGUCAAUUAUAUUGAUAAAAUCAAGGAGUCUGUCGGUGACAAGGGGGUCGAUGUGGUUGUUGAGAUGCUGGCGAAUGUAAACCUGAAUAAUGACUUGAAGCUUCUGUCCCGUGGAGGACGGGUGAUCGUUGUUGGCUGUAGAGGUCCUAUUGAAAUAAACCCACGGGACACCAUGGCAAAGGAGACGAGUAUAAUUGGAGUUUCUCUCUUUUCAUCCACCAAGGAGGAAUUUCAACAGUUCGCCGGCAUCCUCCAAGCAGGAAUGGAAAAAGGUUGGGUGAAACCCAUGAUAGGUUCUGAGUACCCAUUGGAGAAGGUAGUCCAGGCCCAUGAAGACAUCAUCCACAGCAGUGGGAAGACCGGAAAAAUGGUUCUUCUCUUAGUAUGACCAACUCUUUCCCGGAUGCCUUGUGUCGUUGGGACACCUUCUUCCCCAAGUCUUUCUUACGUCAUCUUUAAUCAGCGUUCAUGUCAUUGAGUUUCAUGAAUUAAACUUUAGGGAGUGGGCACGAUGGAGUAACGUGGCGGAGAUGAGCGAGAUGUCUUACAUGGUGUUGGCAUGCAUCUCAAAACUGUUUCUGCUUCUCUCUCUCUCUGUUUUCUUUGUUUGGUUCAUGCUGGCCCUGAACUCAUGGUGACCUGUCUGUCCCAGCCUUCUAAGUGCUGGGUUAGAAGUCAUGGACGGCCACACACAGCCUCAUUUCAGAACUUCUUACUUCGUUAACUUUAAGCAUCUGAAUAAAAUGUACGAGUUCAAAGUGA